CAUGCGACACAAACAAACCUAGCUAGAUAGUUAACGUGAAUGUCGCAGUUAAACCAUGGACGGCUGUUUCAUUAGAGUGAAUGUAGUGUCGUGAGGGUCACGAUGAUCUCGGUGAGCUACAUUCUGUUGUGCGGGCAGUUCCUGCUGCUGCUGGCGGCCGUUUUCUUACAAUGUCUGGGGGGAAUUUACUCCCAAAACUCGUCGACGACGGAGACUCCCUCGGCUUCUCCUGCCCAGGGAGCAACAACGGUCCCGUUCAACGAGCAGCCGACGGAAAACGUGAAAUAUGAAACACCGGGAGAAAGCACGACUAAUGAUACCUAUGAGUACAACCCCCCGUCCCCGGUCGUCCUCUGCAGCUAUCUACCGGAGGAGUUCAUCUUCUGUCAGGACCCUGUCGAUCAUGCACUGAACCACAGCGCCUGGCAGGAGCUGGGCCACGGCUGUCUCGGGUGGGGUGGCCAGACUCAGAAAGAGGUGAACCACACAAAGGUUGUGUGCACGGCCCUCGAGGGUAUCGAGUGCGCCGGAUCCAAAGAGUUCCUCAGAGGAAACGUGCCCUGCAUCAAAUACACCGGACACUACUUCAUCACCACGCUGCUGUACUCCUUCUUCUUGGGCUGUUUCGGGGUCGACCGCUUCUGCCUGGGCCACACCGGCACCGCCGUCGGGAAGCUGCUUACCCUGGGAGGCCUGGGGAUCUGGUGGUUCGUGGACUUGAUCCUGCUCAUCACCGGCGGCCUGAUGCCCAGCGACUACAGCAACUGGUGCACCUACUACUGAGAGGGACCAUCAGGGGGCGGGGGGGGGGGGGCGUCAUUUCUCAUUCAGACAUCAUCAGUUAUAUAUUGAGAACUCCAGUGAUGGGGCCUUAGCCUAUCAUAGUUGUGGAGCUUGUGGCUCGAUGGCAAAAAGUGGAGUCUAGGUACCUCCUGAGGACUCCUAGAGGAUCCUGCCGAGAAGAAUAAGGAAUCUUCUCAUAUAAUUUAAAUCGAAUCCACUUGAAAUGUUCCGCAAUAAUGCCUACUGUACUCGCAGCUUUCACAACAGCCACAGGGAUGACAGAUUGAUGAUGAUAGUGAUAGUACUUAACUGUCAACUAAGGUCUCUUUCACACCUGUACACCAGUUCAUAUGGUCCGGACCAGGGGCGUAUUCUUGCCUUUCAGUCUUGGUCUGCCUUGUGAUUACUCUGACUUGACAGACACAUGAAGUAGGACUCCAGUACUAGUGAUGUCAUGGGGGGGGGGGGGGUGGGGGAGAAAGAUCAACUUAUGAGUUGUGUUACCACAGUUACUGAGUGGUUUGCAUAAAUGGAUGCAAUGCUUAUACGAUGGCUCCCUUGACAGCUGUCCACCAGUAGAUGGAUGCAUCCAGCAUCAGAACCGCAGGCGGCAGUUGGUCCCGGUCCAGUUGUUCAGUCCCAGUUGGGAGGAGCUCCCCUCCUGUCGGACCCUGUUCACAUGUCUUCAGCUAUAACUCAUUUAGUUCAGACUCGGAGGGGGGGGUGGGGCUCGCAUUAAAUAUUCAAACCUUCCAUUUCCAUUGUUAAACUUCCCGUCGAGGGUUUAUGUGCUCGCUCGUAUUUUGGAGCAGGCUUCAUUACGCAAGGAUCCAUAAAGCCCGACUCGGAUCGUAAGAAGUUGAAGAAGACGCGGCGCCGAGGCGUCGACUUCUAUUUUCAGCUGGCUAAGGAUUUAGAAAGGAAACGUCACGUUUCCCUCUAGAUUCACAGCAUGUCAGUUUAUAUGAAAUCUGUACAUACUUUCAUCUGGAUGUACUUCUGUCUCCUAAACGAAGAUAAAACAAACGGAACGUUAACGUUCUGGAGUCUCUUUGAUCGUGUAAGAUGUGUCUAAUAUUGAUCCGCCCAACAGAAGCUUUUAUGUUCUUUAACUGUUGACCGGAUGUCUUUUAAUAAGUCAUAACAUUAAAAGUGAGUGUCAUGUUGA